GCUCUAGCUCGAUCAGGGGCGAAACGGCAAGGGGGGGGGGUCCAACGGACCCCCCCCCCCCUUAUACGCUCGCGGCUGGAAAAACACCAAUACGGGCGAGGGUUAAGUGUCAGGCAACGUCAUUCUGUGAGUUGCCACGAUAAGGCAUGCCAAUAGCGCGACUACGCACCUCUUAACUGAAAAAUUGGAUCCUCAUGUCUGGGCCGUAGUUCAUGCUUCGAUCACUAGUUCACCACCAGCGUGCAGUCUGCACUGAGCAACUCAUCCAGUGAUGGAGGCUGACGGCACCCUGCCAGCAACACCCUGGAGAAGGGUCAUGGCGAUGGCAGUCUCAUCAGUUUGUCAGCAGGCGGGAUUUACCAGUAUCGAGCCGGCAGCACUCUCCUCACUCACAGAAAGCUUCAUCAGUGUGCUGAAGGAGCUGGGCCGGAGCAGCAAGGCGUACAGCGACCUGGCCUGCCGCAGCGACCUCGUCGUCGGCGACGUGGUUAUGGCGCUGGUCGACAACGGCUUCAACGUCGCCUCGAUCACGGAGUUCGCCAAGCGUCGUCAUCGUCCGACGCUGCCUACGCCGCUGCCGUCGGCGCCGACCAAGCAGCCGCCGACGCUGCAGGUCGGGGAGAAGCAGAACCACCCGGCCCACAUCCCCGACCACCUGCCCGCCUUCCCCGAUAGCCACGCCUACGUGCAGACGCCCACCCACAAGCAGCCCAUCACCAACUAUGAGGCCGUUCGAGAGCGGGCCGCCAGCCAGAAGCGGGAUAUGGAGCGGGCGCUCACCCGGUUCAUCGCCAAAACGGGCCCCGUCGAUAAACUGUUUGACUCAGACGAGCAGGCCCAGUUCCCGCUGAUCGCCUGUCGGUCGAUCGUCAACCCCUACCUCCAAGCGCUGGACCCUCGCGACCAGAUCUUCGAGGAGGAGGAGGCCUACGUGCCGCGCAAGAGAAAGAGCUCGCCGCAGGACGGGGCAGAGCAGGAGCAGCGCGCGCGAGCCGCCGCCACAGCAGCCGGAGGGUAUCGACAAUCCCUUCCUGAGGCCGCCAAAAAUGCCGCGCAAGCGCAAACUCUGAGCGCCGAUUGGGCUGGACUGUGAGAGUCGAGCUGUUAGCGGUGUUUUGCGUUGGGGAUGACUGUGUCGUGAAUCGGGACGAGGGCUACUAUGAUGUGUACUGGACACACGAAUUGUAAGUUCGUUUUGAUCUCGCUCGGUAAUAUUUCCCUUCGGUGGAGUUUAACUGCAGUUUUACAAGCGUUUGGGUCCUGAUACCGAUCUGGGUGACCGGAAAACACUGCACACUAGCUGAAUAGGUGUAAAAUUCCAGUAAAACACCCGUGUUUCUGGGUUAGAUGAUUGUUUUACGUCAUUGACGUGCAUGCAGACGGAAUGCGGGACGUGUUGGAUGCUGUAUCUCAUGCUCGCCGUUGAUUAUCUGAUGGAUGAAGCAGAUGGAUCGUGAAGAUAUUGCAUUGUACGUCCUGUAUUGCUCAUCUUCGUACGGAUGUUUCAUUAGAAAUUCAUUCGUGUAUAAUACAUAAUGCACAUUUUCUUGUA